CCCCACCAAUGAUGCGUCCAGACGCCUAGAUGAGCACCAUCCCCUUCCCCUCCACCCAUCCUCAGAAGAUGUCAUGCUGACGGCUUCGACGUGGUCUCCAGUAGAUCCGAGCGGAGCGCCUUCCCGUCUACCCCUCAAACAUUGUCGCAGUGCCUGGGCCGUCGCGAGGAGCCCCCAAACACAAUCUCCUCCUUAGACGUCGCCGGUCUCCUCGCUCCCUCCUCAAACGUCGUCGUGCUACCGACACUGUCUGUGGCGGCUCCAACCGGAGCACCAUCCCACCUCCUCCGUCAAACGACGCUGCGGUGUUUGGGCCACCGUCGGGAGUCUGAAUCUGCCCCCUCAGACAUCGCCACCUCGAAACGCACAGGUUGGCGCGGUAGGGGGCACUGGUGGUUCGGCGCGGUCACCUGGCGAACGACGACGAAGAGGAGGAGGUGGCCGAGUCUAUCAUGAAGAGACGCUGUGAAGAGCAGUCGCCAUGGCCGAUGGAUCAGUUGCCGGUUGCAUUCAUCGAAGAUUUGGCCCUCUCCACCACCAUGUCGCUACCCCAUACCCGUCUUCCCUGCAUAUCUGAAUGAUGCACCUUCAAUCCACCGCUGCCCAAAGAGCGAAUGGGGAAGGACCGACCUGAGCAUUCUGUCCGGUAGCUGGGUAGCAAGAAGCACCAGCCCUUCCCCCUCCCAAGGACACAACUGCUGAGAUUGCUAAAAAACCAGAGCAAGGAAAAAGCUUCUUUGGGACCCUCUAGCUAUUCAGCCCAGCACCCUCUUCGUGAGCAUUUCCUCAGCACACUCGAAUGACAAAGAAAUUAGUAAUCAAUAUGCAGUAUUACUUCAGAACCAUAGUCCAUGUUUGCUUUCAUACUGAGCUUUCAUAGUGAGCGCGGUCCAGCACUUAAUUAAAUCUAUCAAAUCUUACGAUUUUACUACUGAUACGGACAUCAUAUUGCUACCAUACUUCAUCCCGAGCUCACUAUGAAAGCUUCCUGUCAGGUGGUUGUUUGCAAGAUUGAAGAGUCGUAGCAGCCACCGGUGCUAGCAAAAUAUGCAGUAUUACUAAAAUCAGACCAAUCGUCAGGUGGUUGUCAUAUUAUACUUUUUAUUAUAUUAAAAUCGGAACAGGGCUUCAUUUAAUCCCAGAUUUAACACUGCUACCAUUUAUUACUAAUGUUCCGUGCGCGCGCAAGACGCGCCUAAGUUACUAGUAUAUAUUAUAGUCAAGCAAAUAUACCUUCUCUUAAAAAAUAAGCAAAUAACAACAAUAAUAAGCUAUGAAGUAUUAGAAUUAUACAUGUGAAUAUGUGAUGUAUAUGUGGUGCACAGUCUGUUAUUUGGUCACUUUACUUUUAAUUCAUGGAUCCAAACAGACUUUAAUUUUAAAAAAAUACACUUCACGAUAUGCUAGUCGUCAGUCGACCCCCUAGUUUCGGACCUAGAAAACGAGGAAGCAACUGAUGUACGAAAUUAACAAAAGAAGAAAUAUAGAGCACAAUCGAUUUUUAUAUCAUAUAUAUAGAACAAUGCUAUAUAGAAGUGGGUUAUAUAUCAGCCACCUGUUUAUGAAAUUUAGAACUGUUCCAAAACCAACAUUUUGCUCUAGCACUAAAUAAAGCACCUGACAAAAACUACAGUGAUUUAACACCAAAGCCUCAACAAUUUCCUCGUGUUUGAUCGAUUCUUGCUUACUUGGUGGAUGUCUGCAUCUAGUUUGGAUUCUACAGACCGUAUCUAUCCAGAAAUAACUGAAUCUAUACCAUAUGGAGAUUGUUUAUUUGAGAGAUAUGCACAAGAUCCCGACCAAAUGAUUAUGGGGGUUAUAAGGGUUAUAAUCAUAAACUUUUCUUGGAUCCUUCCCGGAAAAAACAGGAAAAAUAUGUUUUAUUUGAGAUUCGGUAUCAAUUUUUUUUUCAACAAACGUUUGUCGGAGGAAUCGAUUUUUUUCUCCAUCUAAUGUCCGGGAAAAUAGUUGAAUUUCCUGUAACCCGCUAGGGCGACCAUAGGCCAUGUACAACUUAAAUAACAUGUUACAGUUCUCUAAGUAUUAGAUAUACAUAAGAAAUAUUUUAUAGAAUCCAAUAUAUCUUAUUCACUAGAAUCGCUUAAUAUACGACUUAUAUUUAUAUGAGUUAUAUGAUAUCUAAAACUGUGCUAAAGAUGUUCUUCACUAAGAUAUGUUUCUUGUGUUUUUUUAUACUUAUGUUAUCUCUAUUGGAUUCCUAUCUCAUGUCCUAUCUCAUCUAUUAUUUUAAACUUUAUUCUACAAACAGUGUCAAACAAUAUCAUAUAUAGUCUAUGUCCCAUAUUUUAUAGGGUCCACUGUAGACCAUCUUACUUCUAAAACUAUCUGCAGCAGUUAUAGAUCUUAUACGAGUGGAACAUUAUAAAUCUCUCUACGAGUGGAACAUUAUAAAAUAGUGUUUUUGGUAAACUUUGGUUAUGCAGAUAUAGAUCUUAUACGGGUAAUGGGUUGUACGGCCCAGCCGAUGAUCCGCCUCACCCAGCCCAAUCAGGCAACCACUCAUUCGUUUCCAUCGCGCCGACCCCGUGCCCCGCUGGCCGCUGAUCCGCCUCGCUUCCCUCCGCCAUCUCGGCGACCCCGCGGCGCGGUCCACGCACAGCCCGUCCCAAAACCCAGACCAACUGCCACUAGCGGUAGAGCCUAGCGCGCAGCGCACACGCAGUAUACAACUCUUCAAUCCUUCGCUGCCUGCCUGCCUGCCUGCCAGUUUCCCUGCCCUCCCCAUCCACUCCAAUCCCACCACCACCACCCCGGGCCGCAGCCCGCAGCAAGCACGCAGUCUCCCACCUGGUCAAACCGCUCCCCUCCCCCACCACCACCGCCGCGCCCCAAUCCGCGUGCAUCCGUCCGCCAUGCCUCCUCCUCGCCUCCUGCCCCCGAUCAUCGUCCUCCUCCUCCUGGCCCCUCCCGCGGCGCCGCAGCCCGCGCCCGGAUCGGAGGCGGCGCCGCAGCAGGACGGCCUGCGCUGCCUCCGGGGCGUCAAGCACGACCUCGCCGACCCCAACGGGCGCCUCGCCGACUGGGACUUCAAGAACACUUCGGGGGGCGCCGUCUGCAGUUACAGCGGCAUCGGCUGCUGGAACCUGCAGGAGUCCCGCGUGCUGUCGCUCUCGCUCUCCGGCUUCGGCCUCGUCGGCUCCAUCCCCUCCUCGCUCCAGUACUGCAGCGCCGCCACCACGCUGGACCUCUCUAGCAACGCGCUCGUCGGCACGAUCCUGCCGGCCCUCUGCGACUGGCUCCCCUUCCUCGUCACCCUCGACCUCUCCUCCAACCAGCUCACCGGCGCGAUCCCCGCGGAGCUCGCCAACUGCCGCUUCCUCAACUCGCUCACGCUCUCCGGGAACCAGCUCUCCGGCCAGAUCCCCGCCUCCCUCGCGCGGCUCGACCGGCUCAAGUCGCUCGACCUCUCGGGGAACCAGCUCUCCGGCCAGAUCCCGCCCCAGCUCGGCGACCGCUUCCCCAGGGACUCCUUCUCCGGGAACUCGGGCCUCUGCGGCCGCCCCGUGUCCUCGCGCUGCGGCCGCGGGCUGGGGAGCGCCGGCCUCGGGAUCGUCAUCGCCGCGGGAGUCUUGGGAGCCGCCGCGUCGUUGCUCCUCGCCUACUUCUUCUGGCGGUGCAGCGGGAAGGGCAAGGGAGGACGCCGCCGCCACAGGCGCGGCGGCAGCGAGUCGGGCGGCGGGGAGGACGGGAGCUGGUGGACCGAGAGGCUGCGUGCGGCGCACAACCGCCUGGCCCCGGUGUCGCUGUUCCAGAAGCCCAUCGUGAAGGUGAAGCUCGCCGACCUGAUGGCCGCCACGCAGGACUUCAGCAGCAGCCACAUCGUGGUCGCCGGGAGCUCGCGGGCGGGGACGGCCUACCGCGCCGUGCUACGGGACGGGUCCGCGCUGACGGUCAAGCGCCUGCACUCGUGCCCGCUCUCGGAGAAGGCGUUCAGGGCGGAGAUGUGUCGGAUCGGGCAGCUGCGGCAUCCCAACAUCGUGCCGCUGCUGGGCUUCUGCGUCGUGGAGGACGAGAGGCUGCUGGUGUAUAAGCAUAUGGAGAGCGGGGCUCUUUCGUCGGUGAUGAAGAAGAAGCCAGGGGAGGAGGCGCCGCUGCUGGACUGGGCGACACGGCUGAGGAUCGCCGUGGGGGCAGCGAGGGGGCUUGCGUGGCUGCACCAUGGGUUCCAGGUUCCGCAGAUUCACCAGAACCUGAGCUCGAGCGCAGUGCUUCUUGACGAGGACUACGAGGCCCGGAUCACAGACGUUGGCCUCACGAGGCUGGUCCGGAUGGCGCCCGGCGAGGGCGGCGAUACUAGCCCUUUCCUCAAGGGAGACUUGGGGGAGUUCGGCUACGUUGCUCCAGAGUGCGCGAGCAAUCCGGUCGGCACGACGAAAGGCGACGCGUACGCGUUUGGGGUGGUACUGUUCGAGCUCGUUAGCGGGCAGGAGGCUGCUGCCGCUGCGGUGGGCACCGUCGACGUGAUGGGCGAAGGGUUCAAGGGCACACUGGUGGACUGGGUUUAUCAGCUUAAGGCCUCUGGCCGGAUCGGUGACGCUGUCGACAAAUCUUUGCGCGGGAAGGGCCACGAGGCAGAGAUCGAGGAGUUCUUGAAGGUAGCCUUUGCCUGCACCCAGCCUCGCGUGAGGGAGAGGCACUCCAUGUACCGGGUCUACCACGCCCUGAAGAGCAUCGGAGAAGGCCGCGACGCCACGGAGCAGUUCGACGAGUUCCCGCUGGCCUAUAACAAGGACGAUUCGGACACUAUGUAGCUAGCUGACGCUGAUCACCGAUUGGAUUGUGGAAAUGUUUUUUUUGUCAGGCUCGUCGAUGAUUUAUAUAUAUAUAUUAUAUGUGUAGCCUUGCUAUGGACGGACCAGAGGCACAAUAUUGAGGCGCCAAAGCUCGCGUCGGGUGCUGGGUGGCCAAUUCUAUCGUCGCAUCAACAGGGAUGCGAUGACCAUGCAUGUAAGCUGUAAGAUCAGUUUACGAUUCUGUAUGUCUCUCUCUCUCUCUCUCUUUUUUGUUCAGUUACUGCUAGUGCUUGUAGUAUCUGUAAUUCUUGAUGUGUCUAUCUAAAUCCUGAUAUCACCUUCCAA